AUGACAGACAUUGCAAUCGAUGGCCCCGGAGAAUGCAACACAGCUUCGGGCAAAAGUCUUAGGAGAAGGGUGAAUCUGAUCAAAGCAAGACGUCAUGGGAUAGUGAUGAUUGCACCAACUCCAAAGUUAGAAAAUAUCAGCAAAUGUUCUUAUAAUUCCACUUUUGAAAAUACAGAAACAUUUUUAAACAAUAAAAUGUUGGAUGUUAUAACAAUUUCUGAUGAUGAAAACUCUGAUUCUAUAAAUAUUUCCAAUAAUAAACCUGUAUGCUAUGAUACAAUUAAGUCAAGUAGCAAGAUUCCUUCUGCAUCAACUAAAGAAUCUGACUUUAUGGAUAUGGGCUUUCAAACAUCAUUCGAGAGUAAUAAAAGACUGACUGCUUUAGAAGAGAAAGAAAAUUUAUUUUCCAAAGAGAGAAGUGUAUGCAGUAAAGAGAAUAAAAACAGUAUUAUUAAUCUUAACCAAUUCUUAACAGAUAAAGUUUUCAAAUUUAUCUAA